AUGCAUUUUAAGAAGGGGAAGGGGAGCAUCAGCAUAGUAUGGCGAUUUUUAUGGAAGCGCUUUUAUUCCAUACAUUCCAAGACGGGUAUGCACUUUUCCAGAUGUAGGAAGAAACCAGUAACAAACUUCUCGAGGGAAAACGGGCUCCUUCUAAGUUGCAAUGGUGAUACAUUUCCAUAUAUGCGUACUUUAUGGAGGUAUUUUAAUGCACCUGGUAAUUUAAUGUUCGUCACAACUAAUAUUGUUACUUUUAUGGGUAUUGUUGCAUAUAAUACAAUGGUCACCGUAAGUAAUGAAAGGGCAUUUGAAGAGCAGAUGAUGGCCGCACAGGUGAGUCUAGCGAAACAGAGAGAAGAUUUCGAAACCAGGGCUCUCAGUUUGCCUCGGGAUACUGAAUUGGGAGAAGAAGAAGAAGAUAUCAAGCGGGAGCAGCCGGCGGUAGGUCAUGCCAAGGAAGAUCGGUUGGUACAGGAACAGAACGCACAACCAGAUUCUCCUAUAAAGCACUAUACAUUAAGAGACUUGAUCUUGAAUAGAGAGGCAAAGAUUGCCGAUUAUGAUUCGCAGCGUGCGAAAGCAUCCAUAUUCCACAUGCUAUAUGCUUACAUGCUAUACAGAGACACCAUUCAAUCAAAAACCGAGACCCAAAACCACAGCAGUGAGGAGUGGCAUCAUGAAGUCGAGCUUCUGGCCAAGGGUGAACAGAUACGAGGCUCCCAUAAAAGAAUAGACGUGUUCUAUGAUCUAUGGAACAAGAGUUUCGAUAAGAUAGUUACAUCGCCUGAGAAAGUCCAGAAUUUCCAACUGCCGAACUGGUCCAAGUAUCCUUCCUUAUUGAAGUUUAUAUGCACCGAACUUCACGACAACAAUUUAAAAACCCUAAGUGAAUUCCAACAAUUUUAUGGCAAGGUGCGAUCAAAAGAGGUGAAAAAACUACUGGGUCUUUGGCUCUACGAUCAUUCCUUUCUUUUCCCCCACAACCUCUACGACAAUAAAAGCGAGGAAGAUUUUUACGAUAUUUUAAUCAACGACUCCAUACAGGAUAACAAUGUAUUCCAGAAAUACUCUUCCAUUGUAAUGAAUCCGUACAAUGAACGCACACAGCUCUUUUUCCCCAAUAUACAGACUCCAUCUGUCAACAAGCCAGUACCGAGUAUAUCUCUGGAAACAUACACACGACUGCUCAAGGGAUACAUCCAUCUGCAAGAAACAAACUGCAAAUACGACUACAAUGACAAUAUAUUCAAAUUAAUCAGCAUCCUCAAACUGAAUUGUUUCCUCCAACGCAACAAGAAGAAACACGCUGGCGCCAGCGUAAGAAUCCUACUGCCUAGGGAUGAAGACCGCUCUCAAAUACUCGGCACCAUUUCGCAGGCUGAAAAGAAAACCUGCUAUCAGAUCUUAAGCAAGAACAGGGACGUGAUUGCGCUACUGAAGCGCAUUUCAGAUAUCCAAGUAGACUCUUAA